CUUUGGGUUUUGCUCUCGAAAGCAUUUUCUCGCCUUUGGCAUGUCUUAGACCAACUACCUCUCUCUCUCUCUCUCUCUCUCUCUCUCUCUCUCUCCUAUAAAAAAGCACACAUGCAAACUUUCACUUACACCCAUUUCAUGCUCUUCUGAUCUCUCUCUCUCUCUCUCUCUCUCUCUCUCUCUCUCCCUCGUUCUCUUAUAAAAGAGAAGACAUUCAAACGUUUUCUUUCAAGCUCUUCUGAUCUCUCUCUCGCCCGCUCGCUCUUAUCUGUCUCUAUCUUUCAAUGGGUGAAAUUCAGUGCGCGCCAAAGCCCACCAACACCACACGUCUAAAGCUCUUCGGCUUCCACGUGUCAGAAGACGACGAGGCAGAUUCCGGCAAAAAGCCAACUGUGUUAUCAGAACCCGGCACCCUACCUGCCACCGCCGACAGCCGGAAGUACGAGUGUCAGUACUGCUGCAGGGAAUUCGCGAAUUCCCAAGCGCUCGGCGGACACCAGAACGCGCACAAGAAGGAGCGCCAGCAACUCAAGCGCGCGCAGCUGCAAGCCGGUCGACACUCCCCUGCUUACGCUCGCAAUCCCCUCAUAUCCGCAUUCGCACACCCACCUCACCUCCUUUCACCGGCUGGUCCGGUCGUCGUCCCGGCCCCACCCCCCCAAUCUCCUUCUUGGGUCUACGUCUCCCGGGCGGGCCCACCAUUCCAAGUCUCUCAUGGAUGGCACGGGCCCACUUCAACGUUUUCCUUCGUCCAUGAUCACGUGGCCUCGAAUUCCAUCAUCCGUCCACACGCUGCGGUCCCACCGAUGAGUAGAUUCCGUGGCAACGGUGGCGAUGGUGGACCCGAUCCUGAUGAUCCGAUGGGGUUGGAUUUGCAUCUGAGCCUUGCACCAUCUGCAUCGUGAGAACGAACUAUGCUCCGCUUAUCUAGAUCUGAUCGACGGCUGGGAUGGGCUUGGAUUCGGUUCUAAGGGGCUUGGCUUGGUACGAGGUUAGGUGCGGCUUUGUUGGUUUAACCUACCCACUCGGCUCAGACUAGAAGUUGCUGCUACCUGAGUCCUGUAAAUUUUUCAUUUUUUAUUAUUUUUAAGGAAGCAAUUUCACUUACCUGAUGGACCGUCAUCUACUUCUUCUUUAUUUUAUUUUAUUUAUUUAUUUAUUUUUACCACAAAAUUCCCCAAGAAUCUAUAUUUUAGAAAAUAAUGCCAGGGUUGACGGAUGAAAUUACAAAAAUACCCUCA